UAAGACACGAGUCAAGGAUGAGAUGUGGGAUGUGAUAGCACUGGAGGCACAGAUCGCACAGGCUACCCAUGACCCGGCUCAUGGCGAGAAGAAGCAGUCGUGGUAUUUGCAUUUGAAAGCAUUCGCUGAUGUGGCCAAUCAAACGGAAGUCAUGGCCUCAAACCAGACCCGUAUGGGUCACGACUGGAUCCGAUUGGCCAACGCUAUCGUACAGUUGGACGAGAAUAUAACGGCCAGGGAGCUGGUUAUGGUGGACAACCUCUACUUUAUGGGACACAUCGAUCAUAUACUCAGUUAUGUGAACCAAAAUGAGAAGAGACUAUUGGCCAACUAUAUGCUGUGGAGGGUCGCCCUCCAGGCCCUGUCCACUGGCAGUAAAGAGAUGCGCGAUAUGAGAGACAAUCUGCACCGACAUCUCUAUGGUAUCACUGAAAAGAUCGCCCGUUGGAAGACAUGUCUGUCCCAACUGACGGGUAGUCUUUCGAUGGCAUUAUCAUCGCUUUAUACCAAACAUCACUUUAAUAGUACUCUCAAAGAAAAGGCAACAGAAAUGGUAAACUAUCUGAGAGUAGAAUUCGAUGAAAUACUUCAUAAAAACGAUUGGAUGGACAAAGAGACCAAAGCUAACGCCUUCAGAAAGUCUCAGAUGAUGUCCGCAGUGGUUGGAUACCCGGAUCAGUUGGCAAACGACACGCUCGUCAACGAACACUAUAGGACUCUAAACUUAACGGACAAUAACUUUGAUCUGAAUAUCCGUCGGUUAAGGAAUUGGGCCCAAAAACGGGAGUUCGAGAAAUUGCGGGAAAUUAAUGACCCCCAGGAGUAUGUCUUACUUAUCAGUAUACUUAUAACUAUACUUUUUAGUAACAAUUCAAUAAUACAG